AUGGCUGCUCAUACAGAGCGCAAACUGGAGAAACCAUCUCAUCAUACGCUGUCGUCUCACAAAAGGAAAAUGGAGAGCACAGAGUAUUGGAAGCAAGACAAGUGGAGCAAGGAUCUGCUCAAGUGGCUGAACUUACAGGUCUGCUGCGAGCACUACAACUCGCCAGUGGGACGGACUGCGAACAUCUAUACCGACUCGGCAUAUGCUUACAGGACAUUGACAAUCUCAAUUCCUGGAUGGAUAAGAAAUGGCUUCAAACUGAUAAAUGGACUGCCGGUAAAACAUGAAGUUUUUGUUAGACAUCUGAUUGAUGCAGUGAACCUACCAAGCAAACUGGCCAUCAUGAAAUGCAGAGCACAUACACAAGGAGAGGACAUGAUCUCCAAAGGAAACCAAGCUGCAGACCAACAGCCCGCUGCACAGAAGCGUCAACUCUAUGAUUCGUCUCAUGGAACCAUGGUGGCAUCCAAAUAUGAAAGAAAUGGCAUCCAAAAAUGA